AGGAAGUUUUAUACGAGGACCUGACCACGAUUGGGCGAUGAAAGCACGCUGAGAGGUUCUCCAUGGCUGGGCUCACGUAGACUGCUGGCUGACUCCCCUUUCCUUUCAUGUAUGACUACUCAUCCCAUUGUAAUACACACAACUUUGGAAUAAGGAAAAGCAAUGGACAUUUUUUUAAAGGCUUGAUUAUUGCAAUGUCACCUGAACCUGGAAGACUUGUUUUUCUGAGUGAAGAAAUAUUUUCUCUGUGUCAAAGUUUCACAAUCAUCGUCAAGUAGGCCCUUGAACCCUGCCAUUUAAAGUGCUCCUCUCUUUGAUCUGUGGCAUUCAUACAUACACUCUAGUAAUGAGGACACUGAGCUCGCGUCUGAAAUUUAACAAGAUAACCACUAAAAUCUCUUUGAAUUCUAUAUUGUUGUGAUCCCAUGGCUACAGAGGAUCAGGAGUUGACAUAGACACUCUUUGGAUUUCAUACCGUGUGGAGGCUUUCUUACUUCCACGUGACCUUGACUGAGUUUUGAAUAGUGCCCAACCCAAGUUCAAAGGCUGAUAAGAGAGAAAAUCUCAUGAGGAGGUUUUAGUCUAGGGAAAGUCAUUCAGUGGAUGUGAUCUUGGCUCACAGGGGACGAUGUCAGGCUCUUCCUGGCUCCUUCUCAGCCUUGUUGCUGUAACUGCUGCUCAGUCCACCAUUGAGGAACAGGCCAAGACAUUUUUGGACAAGUUUAACCACGAAGCCGAAGACUUGUUCUAUCAAAGUUCACUUGCUUCUUGGAAUUAUAACACCAAUAUUACUGAAGAGAAUGUCCAAAACAUGAAUAAUGCUGGGGAAAAAUGGUCUGCCUUUUUAAAGGAACAGUCCACACUUGCCCAAAUGUAUCCACUACAAGCAAUUCAGAAUCUCACAGUCAAGCUUCAGUUGCAGGCUCUUCAGCAAAAUGGGUCUUCAGUGCUCUCAGAAGACAAGAGCAAACGGUUGAACACAAUUCUAAAUACAAUGAGCACCAUCUACAGUACUGGAAAAGUUUGUAACCCAAAUAAUCCCCAGGAAUGCUUAUUACUUGAUCCAGGUUUGAAUGAAAUAAUGGAAAAGAGUUUAGACUACAAUGAGAGGCUCUGGGCUUGGGAAGGCUGGAGAUCUGAGGUCGGCAAGCAGCUGAGGCCAUUAUAUGAAGAGUAUGUGGUCUUGAAAAAUGAGAUGGCAAGAGCAAAUCAUUAUAAGGACUAUGGGGAUUAUUGGAGAGGAGACUAUGAAGUAAACGGGGUAGAUGGCUAUGACUACAACCGCGACCAGUUGAUUGAAGAUGUGGAACGUACCUUUGAAGAGAUUAAACCAUUAUAUGAACAUCUUCAUGCCUAUGUGAGGGCAAAGUUGAUGAAUGCCUACCCUUCCUAUAUUAGUCCAACUGGAUGCCUCCCUGCUCAUUUGCUUGGUGAUAUGUGGGGUAGAUUUUGGACAAAUCUGUACUCUUUGACAGUUCCCUUUGGACAGAAACCAAACAUAGAUGUUACUGAUGCAAUGGUGAACCAGGCCUGGAAUGCACAGAGAAUAUUCAAGGAGGCCGAGAAGUUCUUUGUAUCUGUUGGUCUUCCUAAUAUGACUCAAGGAUUCUGGGAAAAUUCCAUGCUAACUGAUCCAGGAAAUGUUCAGAAAGUAGUCUGCCACCCCACAGCUUGGGACCUGGGGAAGGGCGACUUCAGGAUCAUUAUGUGCACAAAGGUGACAAUGGACGACUUCCUGACAGCUCAUCAUGAGAUGGGGCAUAUCCAAUAUGAUAUGGCAUAUGCUGCACAACCUUUUCUGCUAAGAAAUGGAGCUAAUGAAGGAUUCCAUGAAGCUGUUGGGGAAAUCAUGUCACUUUCUGCAGCCACACCUAAGCAUUUAAAAUCCAUUGGUCUUCUGUCACCUGAUUUUCAAGAAGACAAUGAAACAGAAAUAAACUUCCUGCUCAAACAAGCACUCACGAUUGUUGGGACUCUGCCAUUUACUUACAUGUUAGAGAAGUGGAGGUGGAUGGUCUUUAAAGGUGAAAUUCCCAAAGACCAGUGGAUGAAAAAGUGGUGGGAGAUGAAGCGAGAGAUAGUUGGGGUGGUGGAACCUGUGCCCCAUGAUGAAACAUACUGUGACCCCGCAUCUCUGUUCCAUGUUUCUAAUGAUUACUCAUUCAUUCGAUAUUACACAAGGACCCUUUACCAAUUCCAGUUUCAAGAAGCACUUUGUCAAGCAGCUAAACACGAAGGUCCUCUGCACAAAUGUGACAUCUCAAACUCUACAGAAGCUGGACAGAAAUUGCUCAAUAUGCUGAAGCUUGGAAAAUCAGAACCCUGGACCCUAGCAUUGGAAAAUGUUGUAGGAGCAAAGAACAUGAAUGUAAGACCACUGCUCAACUACUUUGAGCCCUUGUUUACCUGGCUGAAAGACCAGAACAAGAAUUCUUUUGUGGGAUGGAGUACCGACUGGAGUCCGUAUGCUGACCAAAGCAUCAAAGUGAGGAUAAGCCUAAAAUCAGCUCUUGGAGCUAACGCAUAUAAAUGGAACGACAAUGAAAUGUACCUGUUCCGAUCAUCUGUUGCAUAUGCCAUGAGGCAGUACUUUUUAGAAAACAAACAUCAGACAAUUCUUUUUGGGGAGGAGGAUGUGCGAGUUGCUGAUUUGAAACCAAGAAUCUCCUUUAAUUUCUAUGUCACUGCACCUAAAAAUGUGUCUGACAUCAUUCCUAGAACUGAAGUUGAAGAGGCCAUCAGGUUCUCCAGGAGCCGUAUCAAUGAUGCUUUCCAGCUGAAUGACAACAGCCUGGAGUUUCUGGGGAUACAGUCAACACUUGUACCUCCUUACCAGUCCCCCAUUACCACAUGGCUAAUUGUUUUUGGAGUUGUGAUGGCAGUGAUAGUGGCUGGCAUUGUCGUCCUGAUCUUCACUGGGAUCAGAGAUCGAAAGAAGAAAAAUCAAGCAAGAAGUGAAGAAAAUCCUUAUGCCUCCAUCGAUAUUAGCAAAGGAGAAAAUAAUCCAGGAUUCCAAAACACUGAUGAUGUUCAGACCUCCUUUUAGAAAAAUCUAUGUUUUUCCUCUUCAGGUGAUUUUGUUGUAGGUAAAUGUUAAUUUCAUGGUAUAGAACAUAUGAGAUGAUAAAGAUAUCAUUAAAUGUCAAAACUAUGAAUCUGUUCAGAAAAAAAUUGUCCAAAGACAACAUGGUCAAGGAGAGAGCAUCUUCAUUGACAUUGCUUUCAGUAUUUAUUUCUGUCUCUGGAUUUGACUUCUAUUCUGUUUCCUAGUAAGGAUUUUGUAUUAGAGUGUAUUAGGGAAAGUGUGUAUUUGGUCUCACAGGCUGUUCAGGGAUAAUCGAAAUGUAAAUGUCUGUUGAAUUUCUGAAGUUGAAAACAAGCAUAUAUCAUGGGAGCAAGUAUUCGACCUUGUAUGGAAUAUGGAUGGAUCACUUGUAAGGAGAGUGCCUGGGAAUCAGUGCAGCUGCAAGGAUUGAGAAUGGCAUGCACUAGUUCACUUUCAUUUAAUCCAUUGUCAAGGAUGACAUGCUUUCUUCACAUUAACUUAAUCCAAGUACUAUGGUGAUUUGCCUACAGUGAUGUUUGGAAUAGAUCACGCUUUCUUCGAGGUGACAGGUCUAAAGAGAGAAGAAUCCAGGGAACAGGUAGAGGACAUUGCUUUUUCACUUCCAAGCUGCUUGAUCAACAUCUCCCUGACAACACAAAACUAGCGCCAGGGGCCUCCGUGAGCUCCCAGAGCAUGCCUGAUAGAAACUCAUUUCCACUGUUCUCUAACUGUGGAGUGAAUGGAAAUUCCAACUGUAUGUUCACCCUCUGAAGUGGGUAUCCAGUCUCUUAAAUCUUUUGUAUUUGCCCACAGUGUUUGAGUAGUGCUGAGCACAAAGCAGACACUCAAUAAAUGCUACAUUUGCACAUUC